AUAACAAUCUAUAAUAUAAUGGUGAAUGUAACAGUAAUCAUCUAAAUUUAGCUAAACAAGAAUGUGCAUUCUAUGAAGAAAUAAAAAUAUAAGGUCUAAAUAACAAUCUUUAAAAAUGGGCACAAUUCAACACAUGCAUGCUUAUGGCAUAUCUUCAUUCUCAUACAAUUUCAAGAACACCUUUCAAAGACCCUCCUUCACCAGGUGCCACAGUUAUUCUAGAUCAAGAAUUCGAGCCAUGACUGCAGUACGUGAUGGUCAAUCCAAAGCUGCACCGUCUCAAGAACCUGCUUCGAUCAAUUUUGCUUUCGUUAGUUCAGUGCUGCUACCAGAUGGAACACCUGAUGUACAUUUUAGAACCGCGAAUGGUGGACAGAAACUUAGGGACAUAAUGUUGGAUUCUAAUAUCGAGUUAUAUGGACCAUAUUCAAGACCACUGCUAAACUGUGCUGGGGGAGGAACUUGUGCCACUUGCAUGGUUGAGGUUAUUGAAGGGAAGGAAUUGCUUAGCCCACGAACAGACAAAGAAAAGGAGAAACUCAACCGGAAUCCAAAAAAUUGGAGGCUUGCUUGUCAGACAACCGUAGGGAAACCAGAUUCCACAGGCCUGGUUGUGAUUCAGCAAUUACCAGAAUGGAAAGGGCACGAAUGGACAUAUGGAAAGGAACCCCCUCCAGAAUCUUAAUUUUGUUAUUUAUAUUGUUGAUCUGUAAUGCUGUAAAUGAGGAGCUCUGGAAUGGUUUUAGUGUUAUAAUGUUGACACAUUCUUGAAUGAAGAAUACUAUAGAAUCAGUCAAUUUAUUACUC